AGCUCUGAUCAGCUGAUGGCUGACGUCACACAUCUCAUUCAGCUGAAUGUGACCCGUCAUGCACUGCGAACACACUCAACAACACCAUCAUGGAGCAGUUCUCCUCCUCUGACACCGACAGCGGUGUGUGACACAAUAACAGCACAGUCUGACCCGAUGGACGCGCACGAUGCGGUGUUCUUCCCCGACCGCCGGGCUCCGGUCAGUCACCUCCUGCUGGACCAGCUGCCCAGCUACCAGUCUCUGCUGUACCGCAGGAAGUCCAGCUCCAGCGGCAGUGCCCGGAGGCGGGGCAGUGGGCGGAGCCGGCAGCCGUCCGUCAGCAGCGGGAAAUGGGCGGAGCAGAAAGCGGUUCACAGCGGGGAGGAGCUCAAGCCCGUGAGGGAACUUCCCAAGAGCAUGCAGGACAAACGGCGGGAAAAACAGCAGCGUCUCCAGCAGGGCGGCGCUCUCACAGGCUGGGGUUUGUGGAGGCUCAAUGUCCGUCGCUCUCUGAAGCGGCUCAAGGAGGACGGGAUGGACGUCCUCUCGUCUCUGCAGCUCUGGAGGGCAGAUAUUCAUCUCAUCGAGGGCAUGUUUGGGACGGGAAUCCUGUCGUAUUUUUCAUUCCUGCGCUUUCUGGUGCUUCUGAACUUCAUCAUGUUUCUGCUGAUGUUUGUGUUUGUGAUGCUGCCGGUGAUCAUCACAUCACACACUCCACACAACAUCACCUUCAGCAGCACCAACGUGAGCGCGUGCAGUGAGUAUCCGGCCAGCUCUCGUCAGGGUCUGGUGGCGUUUCAUGAGCACAUCAUAGAUCUGCUGUCUGGAACGGGCUUUCUGGAGCGCACAUACCUCUUCUACGGCUACUAUAAGCUGGAGUUCAUUCAUUCCCGCUUCACCUACAACCUGCCGCUGGCGUACCUGCUGGCCACCGUCUUGUACCUGCUGCUGAGCCUCGUCUGGAUCGUCAAGAGGUCUGCGGCCGGAUUCAAACGCAAGCUGAUUCAAGACGAGGAUCGCUUCCAGAGCUUCUGCAACAAGAUCUUCGCCGGCUGGGACUUCUGCAUCACCAACGAGAACGCCGCGCGCCUCAAGCGGAGCAGCUUACUGUACGAGCUCAAGACGGAUCUGGAGGAGGAGCGGAUCAAGCGCAAGAUGGCGAACCGCACGCGCGGCGAGAAGUGCCGCAUCUACGCGCUCAGAGCCGCCCUCAACCUCGCCGUCAUGGCCGUCCUGGUGGCGUGCUUCUACUGCAUCUACAUCGCCACGGUCUUCUCGCAGCGCAAGCAGGCGGAGGAGGAGAAGAGUGCCUUCCUGUUGGAGCUGGUGGUGGAGUAUCUGCCCUCCAUCGUCAUCACGCUGGCCAACUUCAUCACGCCGCUCAUCUUCAACCUCAUCAUCACCUUCGAGGACUAUUCGCCCGCCUUUGAGAUCCGCUUCACGCUGAUGAGGUGUGUGUUCAUGCGUUUGGCCAGCAUCGGUGUGCUGCUCUUCUCUCUGUGGGUCCAGAUCACGUCCUGUAGAAGUUCAGACUGUCCCUGCGGCUACAACCAUGAGAGCUACCCUUGCUGGGAGACUCACGUCGGGCAGGAGAUGUACAAGCUCGUGAUCUUUGACUUCCUGAUCAUCGCUGCCGUCACCAUCUUCGUGGAAUUCCCUAGGAAGAUCAUCGUGAAUCACUGCCACUGCGGUUUGGCCAAGUGGUGGGGUCAGCAGGAGUUCGCCGUCCCUCAGAACGUGCUGGAGAUCGUCUACGGCCAAACCAUCUGCUGGAUAGGGACGUUUUACUGCCCUCUGCUUCCCGCCAUCAACACUGUCAAAUACAUCCUCGUCUUCUACCUCAAAAAGGUGUCUCUGGUGACUAACUGCCGUCCCGCCACUCGUCCAUUUCGAGCGUCUAGUUCCCACUUCUUCUUCCUGGUGGUUUUGCUGAUCGGUUUGGCUCUGGCGUCUGUUCCUGUCAUCGUCAGCAUCGCAGAGAUCCCAACGUCACGGGCGUGCGGCCCGUUCGUCAACUACACCACGUCGUGGAAGGUGGUGCCGCGUGUGAUUAACCAGCUGCCCCCGGGCCUGCAAUCCUUCCUGCUGACGCUCGCCUCCGAGGCCAUCGCUGUGUCUUUCUUCGUCAUCACGUGUCUGGGGAUGUUCUAUGUCAUCGCCUUGGCCGGAGCUCAUAAGCGUGUGAUUGAACAGCUCCGAGAUCAGCUGGCCAUGGAGGGCCGUGACAAGCGUUUCCUCAUUCAGAAGUUGUAUCAGGCCCAGCAGGCCGUAUGCGCUCGUUCUCCGCGGGGUUUCCGCAGAACCCGUCCUGACGCCGGACUGUAUUUAGUGGAGCCGUCAGUGGUGCUGGAGACGCAGGCCUGACCCCUGACCCCUGACCCUCACUCAUUCCGUUGUUCCCGUCUCUCGUCGCGGGAUCUAAUGCUGCUCUUGAAAACACUAAACUAACAAGCCUUACACUUCACCCUGUUUACUACGUUCACUGUCUAAUUUUACUGUAAUUUUGUUCUUGUGUUUAUGAAAUAUACAACCUUGAGGGAAUAUCCACUUGUUGAGUGAACUUCUUUACUAUCUGAAUAAUAAACUCAUGAAACAUCAGCAUACAGACAAAUAAAGAGAUUUUUCUCCUUUGUUUUGGGAAAAAAAAAAAACUAUGCAACAGCACAAUUUAUGUUGAUAGAUUUUAAAAUGUUAGCUUUAUCAAAUGAAACAUCAGUGUGCAUAAAAUUAGGUCUUUAGGUUGUGUCUUUAAGGAAAUAAAAACGAAAAUAUGCAAGGAA